CAUUUUACAAACAAAGAGAAAAUCACGAAAUACAAAGAAAACAGAUUAUUUUUCUUACGACGAGAAAAAAUUAAAUUAAGUGUAGUUUGAAAAGUUGCAGAUUUAUUAUUAAAGGAAAAGAAACAGAUUUUUGUAAAAAAUGGGAGCGGUUCUAGGUCUAUGCUCCGCAGCUCAAUGUGCAUUAUGUUGCACUGGUACUGCUGCCAGCUGUUGCUGUAGUGCUUGCCCCUCCUGCAAGAACUCCACUUCAUCACGUUUUAUGUAUGCCUUCAUGCUACUGGUGGGCACAGUAUUGGGUGCAAUAGCAUUAUCGCCUGGUCUACAGGAUACGCUUAAAAAAUUACCAUUCUGCAUAAAUUCAACUUCCACUAUAAGCUCAAAGGCACUUUCUUUCUCUGGAAAUCUACAAGUAGACUGUGAAUAUGCACUCGGCUACAUGGCUGUUUAUCGCCUCUGUUUUGGACUCGCAUGCUUCUUCAUGCUGAUGGCACUAUUAAUGUUAGGCGUAAAGAAUUCACGUGAUCCACGUUCGCAUAUACAAAAUGAAUUUUGGGGACUGAAAUUUCUGAUUUGUUUUGGUGCUGCAAUCGGUGCUAUUUUCAUACCAGACGGCUCUUUCGGACCGGCAAUGAUGUGGGUAGGACUGAUAGGUGGGCUGGCCUUCAUAUUAGUACAAUUGGUGAUAAUUGUGGAUUUUGCUCACUCUGUGGCGGAGAAUUGGAUUGAAAAUGCGGAAAAUAAUAAAGGCUACUUUUAUGCUUUGGUCGGAGUUACGCUUGUAAGUUAUGCCUUGUCCAUAGUAGGCAUUUCGUUGCUGUACAUUUAUUUCACGCAGUCCGGCGGUUGCGGUCUCAACAAAUUCUUCAUUUCGUUCAAUCUCAUACUCUGUCUUAUUGUGAGCAUUAUAUCGGUUAUGCCAGCUGUGCAGGAUCGUUUACCACACUCUGGUCUAUUGCAAAGCUCUUUGGUAACCAUCUACACUAUUUACUUGACCUGGUCCGCUGUUGCCAAUAAUCCAGAGAAAGAAUGCAAUCCUGGCUUGUAUGGUGUUAUCAGUGGCGUGACAUCUGGCAAUACGACCGUCGCACCACCAACACACAGCUCCAAAGUAACUUUUGAUACAACAAAUAUCAUUGGUCUGGUGGUCUGGUUGUUCUGCAUUCUCUACAAUUGUAUUAGUUCGGCUGUCGAGGUUUCCAAAAUCAAUAAUGACGGUGAAAAACGUGUCUUAACAGAAGCUCUCUCAGAUACAGAAGCCGGCAGUGGUGAUGGCAAGAACGCUACCGAUAACGAAAAUGAGGGUGUUACCUAUUCCUGGUCCAUGUUCCACAUUGUGUUUGUUUGCGCCUCCCUCUAUGUGAUGAUGACACUCACCAAUUGGUAUAAACCUAACUCCGACAUUGAGCUUUUCAACGCCAACGCAGCUUCGAUGUGGAUUAAAAUAAUAUCCAGUUGGCUUGGUGUUUCCAUAUACGGCUGGAGUCUGGUGGCACCUAUAAUACUAACUAAUCGUGACUUUAGUUAAAGAGUAUGAGGCACAUAUAUUAAUUUAAGCAAAGUUUCCAGCCGAAGCAAAGAGAUAUGGCGUAGGGUAAGAAUUCCAAUUGGACGCUGUCUAGAAUGGAGGAUAGAUCGGAGUGUUUAGUCAAACAAGUCAGCAUUUGAAAUUAUUUGUAACAGCUCUUGUCUGUGAGCUACAUAAAUAUUUAAACUAUCGAUGUGAUGCAUGCAAUGAUGAUUCUACUUAUCAAACAAUAAUUAACCCCAUAAACAGAUAUUCGCAUACACUCAUAUAUAUAUAAGCGAAUGUUCUUAAUCCAAAAAUAUUCAAAAAUUAAAUGUGUACUAUUUACAGCCCAUAACAUACUAUAUAAAUAAUCUAAAUGAAUUAGUCUCAAAGCGUGAACGAUAAAUAUAAUUAAUAAUUUCGAUGAACGCCAACUCAAA